GAAUCGUACAAGCACGCCGCCGCCGCGCACUAGUAACUCGAGUGACACUUCAAUUCAGCCAGAACAUUGAGUAUCUCUUUGGCCCGAGUGAGCGCAAUCUGAACUUCACCUGCUUUUCUACUGAGUUCUACUUGUCAAAGCCUGUUCAGCAUCUAUAUAAUGUCGUUCUCAAAGGUUCUCUUGGUAGCUACCAUUGGUGCUGUCUUGAUUGCUUUUAUCUUCAGAGAUAAAUUUGAUCCAGCAAGCAUCAAAGGAAAACGAGUGAUAGUGACCGGAGCAAGCACUGGAAUAGGGGAACAGAUGGCAUACUGGUAUUGCAAGCAGGGAGCUAGGGUUGUGGUCACUGCCCGCAGAGAAGCUGUACUGCAACAGGUUGUGGAAAAAUGCAAAGAUCUUGGAGCGAAAGAGGCCUUCUACAUGCCCCUGGACAUGGGCCGCCUGAACGACACAGAGGCGCUCGUCAAAGAAGCGGAGAAGCGCUUCGGUGGACUGGACUUCUUGAUUCUGAACCACAUCUACUCAAACUACAAUCACCUUUGGGGUGUCGAUCAGAUUGACAGGCUACAAAAGAUAAUAGACGUCAACUUCCGAGCAUACGUGGCUUUGGCUACAUAUGCUACGCCCAUGCUGGCUGAGAGCAAGGGAAGCAUAGGUGUGGUCUCAUCAGUGGCUGGACUAAUACCAGCGCCUUUAUACCCUUCAUAUAGUGCCAGUAAAUUUGCCCUCCAUGGAUUCUUUGGGUCUUUACGCCACGACUUUCACUUCCAACAAAUGGACAUUUCUAUUACAGAGCAUAUCAUUGGCCCCAUCAAUACAACCAAUGCAGUGAAGUUCUCCAAGGGUAUCUUUAAGCCUGAAAUGUUCUCUACCACUGCUGAAGACACAGCAUACCGGAUCCUAGAAGGGACUGCCAUGAGAGAAAGGAUUGUUUUUUUCCAAGAUGGGUUCAGCCGUUUGUGAUGGUUCGGGAUCUCCUUCCUGGUUGGGUAAUAGACGCAACAAUGAGAAGUGCUAUCACGGACCAGGCCAUUGAAAACAUAAAAAAUAACCCCAGGACUUGAUGACAGGUCUUACACCUAUCCGCUCAUAUCCAGAAAAGGUGGACAAACUCCAUUGGUUUUUUACGUUAAUGCAUGUAAACAAAAACAAAUUUCCAUUGAUAUGGACAAUAAAAACAU